AUGUGGAUGCUGCCUGCUGGUGGUGUUCAUGAUAAGAAUGAAGUUAGAGCAGAAAGAAUUGCAAGUGAUGCUAUUUUAGCCGCUAGUGAAUUUAGGAAGAUCCUUUAUGGAAAGGACAGUCAAAAUCAAGUGUUGAUUGGAGCUGCUCUGGAUGUAAACAGCGCCGGUGGUGAUAGUGCUCUGCAGUUCUUCAUAUCAAGGACCGGCAAUACGAAUAAUUUGGAGAAAGUAAGUACCGUAGUUUGUGAAGAUCAGCCCAAGAAGGAAGUAUGGCAGAGAGGCUGUAUCAUCCGUUGUGAACUUCCUUUGAAAUUGCCUCUGUAUUAUGCGCCAAACAAUCCUAAAGGCAUUGAAGAUGCAUAUGCACGAGCAAUUGAAGAUGUGGAAAGAAAAUUUAGAGACCCACAAGCUACAUAUAUCAUAGAACCCCAGCCUUCUCUGGGUGGACCUCAGUCUGUCAUCCUUCAUGGAACAGAUUUGGAUCUGCCAGCUUCGCUUCCAACAAAUGCUUUUCUAAUUGAAGAUGCUCAAGAGUCAAUUGCCAAAUCUCUAACAUGUUCGUACUUUCUCUCAGAUAGUAAGGAUGUUGCAUCUUUUACCUCUUUGGAGAAGAAUGCAGAUAAAAUUGUUGUCAGCGUCAUGUUUAAUAGAUCACGGAGUAAUUCCGAACCUGCUGCGCCUAUUGCUGAGUAUUAUCCAGCAAUGGGAGAAGCCCAAUUUUUGGCUGUAAAUCACAAAUUAGAAGUGUUAUCCUAUGCUAAGAAGGAUCUGCUGUUGACGAGUAUGGUUUCAAAGUUACUCAUCCCUGGAUUGGUUGAUCAGUUACAUGCAUUAAAGAACAAGUUCUUGGCUGAUGUCUCUGUUCAACAGCCGCAGCUGCAACCAUACCAUUUCAUGCCUACAGGCUUUCUACAUCCAAUCACAGUUGUAUAUGAACUUAGCUAUGGGGAGACAGAAAUCAAGCAAGUUGAAGCUCGCAGAACACUUCACCGGAGACUAGGGUUGCCACUUGACCGCCCUCUUUUGAGAAUUGCUAAUGCUAUAAACUUUUCUACAGUGAUGGACAAAUCAAAUUCAAAGGGUUCCUCUUUGCUCAAGGAUGUACAUCUUGGUAUUCCAAACAGUGGGGUAUCUGGUGGCCAUAUCUCUCUAAUUCAAGGUUCUUAUGAGUAUUAUCAUUACCUCCAAGAUGGAUUCGAUGAUUCGAUUCAUAUUCCUGCUGGAUGUAAACGUGCUUUUUAG